AUGGUGGGAGUAAGAAAAGAAGUGACGGAGACUCUGCUGAAAAAGCCGGUGGAGAACGGCAGCGGAGAAGAUGAUGAUGGGUUUGAUUCGUUGGAUAUGAGAGAGAAGGUUUGGAGGGAAUCCAAGAAGCUAUGGAUUGUGGCAGCGCCGGCAAUCUUCACGAGGUUCUCUACUUUUGGAGUAUCUUUGAUAAGUCAAGCCUUCAUCGGCCAUCUUGGACCCACCGAGUUGGCCGCUUUCUCUAUCAGCUUCACUGUUCUCCUCCGUUUCAGUAAUGGUAUUCUGUUAGGUAUGGCUAGUGCGCUAGAAACAUUAUGUGGUCAAGCCUACGGAGCCAAACAGUAUCAUAUGCUUGGGAUCUACCUCCAAAGGUCAUGGAUCGUCCUCAUAGGCUGUGCUAUUUGCAUCACGCCGGUCUACAUCUUCUCGGGUCCUAUCCUCUUAGCCUUAGGUCAAGAGGAACACAUCGUUCGUGUGGCUCGGAUCAUAGCCUUAUGGGUCAUAGGCGUUAACUUCUCUUUCGUACCUUCCUUCACUUGUCAAAUGUACCUCCAAGCUCAGAGCAAGAACAAGAUCAUUGCCUACGUGGCUGCUGUGUGUUUAGGGGUCCACUUAUUCUUGUCCUGGCUCCUCAUGGUUUAUUUCGACUUCGGGAUCACUGGUGCUAUGACCUCGAUGCUCGUGGCGUAUUGGUUGCCUAACAUUGCGCAACUCGUGUUCGUCACGUGUGGUGGGUGUAGGGACACGUGGAUGGGGUUCUCCUGGUUGGCUUUCAAGGAUCUUUGGCCUGUCUUGCAACUAUCCUUGUCUUCUGGUGGUAUGAUUUGCUUAGAGCUAUGGUACAACACAAUCUUGGUUCUGCUCACUGGAGGCUUAGAAAAUGCAGAGGUUGCUCUUGAUGCACUUUCAAUCUGCGUCAACAUAAAUGGGCUGGAGAUGAUGGUAUCAUUUGGCUUCAUGGCAGCAGCAAGUGUAAGAGUGUCAAACGCAAUCGGAAGUGGAAAUGCAAAGGAAGCCAAGUUUGCAACAAUGAUAUCAGUUUUGACAUCACUCUCCAUAGGGGUUGUAUUCUUCUUCGUCUUCUUGUUUCUUAGAGGAAGGAUUUCAUACAUUUUCACAACAAGUGAAGCCGUUGCUAAAGAAGUAGCAGAUCUCUCUCCCAUUUUGGCAUUCUCCAUCUUAUUGAAUAGUGUCCAACCCGUUCUAUCUGGAGUUGCUGUUGGAGCGGGAUGGCAAGGAUAUGUAACUUACGUUAACCUUGCUUGCUAUUAUCUUGUUGGGAUUCCUUCCGGUAUCUAUCUUGGCUAUUUUAUCGGUUUGCAAGUCAAGGGUGUAUGGUUAGGAAUGCUUUUUGGAAUUUUCGUUCAAACUUGUGUGCUUACUGUAAUGACUCUAAAAACAGACUGGGACGAACAGGUAUCUUCGUCGCUGAAACGUUUGAAUCGUUGGGUUGAGCCAGAGUCAGAAGGUUUAUGCGAGACAACAGAAAAAGACACAUAG